AUGGCGGGUCCGGCCUUUCCGGCCCUUCCUCAGACCAGCUCGAUGCGGGCGACGGACAGCUUCGCGGCGGACGACGGCGGGGCGCUGGCGGCCCUCUCGCAUCGCUCGAGGAUGAGCGACGCCAGCCCCAAGCAGGCGCCGUCGCCCAUGAGCGGCAUGGGGGGUGAUCAUGUGGUGGGGCGGCAGCUGUCGGACCGGAGCCCAUCGGAGAGGUCGGUGGAGACUGGAGGGGAGGAGGAGGGCGGGGACAAGUCCAGCAGGGAGGGAGCGAACCGGGGGGCCGGGGGCGUCAGGGCCAAGGCGCCCAGGGUGCCCCGGUCACCGUUGGACUCGCCCGACAGCGGGGCCGGCGGCAAGUUGUCCUCCAACAAGAUUGCCAAGCUCAGGAAGAGGUUCGCCAAGGCGUCCGUAGACCUGAACGUGGAGUUGGACCCCACCGGGCGGUUUACGAGGUCAAACCAGGUCCUCGGCAAAGGCUCUUCCAAGGUGGUCUACAAAGGCUUUGACAGAGAUGAGGGCAUGGAGAUCGCAUGGAACCAGGUCAAGAUCCCAGGAAACUUGACCCCAAGGGCAAGAGCACGUCUCAUGAAUGAGAUCGAAGUCCUGAAGCGCCUAAAGCACAAGAGCAUCAUGAAGUUCUACUCUUCCUGGAUUGAUACCCAGAAUAACCACCUCAAUUUCAUCACGGAGUACUUUCAUCCUGGACCCCUGAGAAGGCACCGUCGUGCUCAUAAGUGCAUGCCCCGCAAUGUUCUCAAGCGCUGGGCUUGGCAGAUCCUUCAGGGCCUUGUCUACCUUCAUGGCCACCAGCCCCCAAUCAUCCACAGGGAUUUAAAAUGUGACAAUAUUUUCAUCCAUGGAGUCACUGGGGAGGUCAAGAUUGGUGACCUUGGUCUUGCCAAGCUCAUGGAGGAGGGCUUGUCCACCUGCCAGAGUGUGCUCGGCACCCCUGAGUUCAUGGCACCCGAGCUGUACCAUGGGAUCUACAAUGAGAAAGUGGACAUAUAUGCUUAUGGAAUGUGCAUGCUGGAACUGGUCACAAUGCAGUUUCCUUACAUGGAGUGCAAGAACAGGGCACAGAUCUUCCGUCAUGUGUCGAUGGGCAUUCACCCGGCCUCUCUGAAAAAGAUUGACGACCGUGAGUGCCAGGAGUUCAUUGAGCUCUGCAUCAACCAUUUCCAUGAGAGGAGACCCCAAGCAAGGCAGCUCGUGAAGCAUCCCUUCUUUGAUGACAUCCGGAACGAGUGCAAGACCCCUGGGCCUAUUCAGACCCACCUGGCUCUCAAAAAGAACAGCAAUGUUCCCAAGCCACCACAGAUGCCGAAGAAGUCAAAGGGAAAACGGACAUUUGAACUCACCAGGAGGGGGGCCACACCAAACACGACAAAGCUGGAGCUGGAGCUUAACAUGAUCUCUGCAUCGGGCGCUGGGAAGUUGUUCAUGUUUCAAUUCGAUCUGGACACUGACACUGUGGAAACCGUUGCCAUGGAGCUGCAAGAGGAGUUCGGCCUCUCAGAGGAAGAGACUGAGCAGUUCACUGAGCUCCUUGCUGGCGAGAUCGAAAACAAGAUCGACGAGGAGCGACGAGACACAAUGACACACAUCCAGGCGUCCCUGGGGCCUUUGGACGACUUUGUCGCCCCUCUGGAUAAUGGUCCGGUGGUGGGGGACAUGGAGGGCUCGGAUGCCACCUCAGAGAGUGAAGGGGAAGAGAUCGCUGCAGCGCUGCCUGCCUUUGCUACUGACAGUGCCAUGUCACCUACGAUGCGGGGUGGCGCUGGGCUGCCAGGCAGCCCAGUACAUUCACCAGUCCGGUCUCCAGCAGGAAAUCAGUUUAGUCCACAGCAUGUGCAGCGCAGUGCCUACUCCGAUGACAAUGGGCAGUAUGACCCGUACCAGCGUGCGGUGGUUGAGCAGCGUGGACAGUCUGAUUAUCGCUAUGACAAUGCCGACUACUAUGCUGGUCUUGCAAGUCGACAGCCGCAGCACAAUCCAUUCCGUCCUUCACAGGGAUCUGAUUUUGCCGAGGGCAUUGAAAUGAAAGCUGGGUCACCACAGGGCGGGUUUGUGGCAAGUGCAGGUGGGGCACCUGCGAUGCAGUACAUGGAUCGUGCGGCAGCGUCCCAACCUGCCGCAUAUGAUCCCUCGUAUGGCGGUGGCAGGCUUGCACGCGAUCUGGGACGCGACUCCGAAAAGAAUCCAACAUUUGUGGAGUCCUGCGCGUCUUGCACUGCAUCCACUGCUGCUUGGUGUGCCUCAGCCUGGGACAGUGUCAAAGCGUCCUGGCCAUGGUUCGACCGGCGCACGGCGCCAGACCCUUCCCAGGGAGGUACGCCGCCGCCGACUGGAGCCGAAGGGGAGUCGCGCUUCAAGAAGAUUGGCACUCUUGUGGGCACGAUAAGCAGAAAAUUGGUAAAGAAAGAAAAGUCGCAGAAGAUGUAG